AUGCAUAAUUGUAAUGAACGUGAAGAAUUAUCAUCCGGAGAUGAAAUGCACAAUAGAGCCGUAACAUCUACAUCGAAUGUUGGAUGGAUUGGUGAACCUACCUUUCAUCCAUUGGCGUUAAUUCAGGGUCCUAACGGACCAUGUGCUAUUUCCAAGGAGUUAGUCCUUGUUGGCGGAGAUCCGAUUGCAGAUGUCGUCGUUAAGCGAAGCAGCCACAUAAGCAGGUGUCACUUUAUUCUGUACUAUACUGGUAAACCAAAUCAGUGGAACAUCAAAGUAAGGAGCAGAAACGGUAUACUUGUUAAUGGAAUUAUGUAUGGACAGUCUGCGAGGGUUCGACGUAUCCCUAUGAGCUGUAUUUUUCGUUUUCCUUCCACAAGUGCUUAUAUGCUAUUUUGUGGUAUGGAACCGUUCCCUGCGAGUGGAAAAACAAUUUUCUCUAUCGUCAGGAUGACAGAAAGUGAAAUGAAUUCAGCAGCUUCUGUACCACAUUCAAGUUUCACUGAUGCAGAAAUGAGAUUUUAUUUAUCCCGGUGUCACACGAAAGAAAGGACGAUAUGGACAAGUGAACAGAGCGAACCAAUCCAAAUACCUUCGGACCGUUCUGCAGGAGCAAAUGCCGGCACUGGAUCACCGUCAACAAUUUUUACAUCAAAUUCUGGUCGAAAUUGCGAAGAUUAUGAAAUUUCGUAUGGAGAACAUUCAUACGCGCAGUUGAUCGUCCGACCUAUUCUGAGUUCACCGGACCAGCGUUCUACUGAAAAUCGAAUUUUGCCAACUUCGAUCUGUCAUAAUCUUUCAUUGAAUCAGUAUUUCGUGAGGGUCACGCGCUCCCAAGAAGAACCUGUCGAAAAUUCUUUUUGGAGGAUGGAAUCAUCUUUUGCCUCGCGUAACGUCGAAUUGAUUUAUAAGAAGAGAAAACCAAAAUUUUUGAAGGGUAGCAGAUCAUCGAAUUUUGCAGUGGACAACGAUCCAGAAUCUGCUGAGGGCAUUAUGGUCCCUAUUGGUAUCUAUAUUCUUUAUCUAUUUUGUUUCAAGUCACAGAAAAGCACUUCCAGUCAACAAGUUAUUGCUAAUCCAGAAAUGUGCGAAGAAAUACUAGUAUUGAACAACAGUAGCACCGAAAGUAUUAGCACAAGUAGUAGCGAAGACAGCUUUAGUGAUAGUGACAGUGAGAGUAACAGCAUCGUUGGCAGCGAUAGUAGCAGUGCAGGAUCGGAUGCAAGUGAUGGAGAUUCCAAUUAUUCUGCAGAUUUAGGAGAAUCAUUUUCGAUGCGGGAGCCGAUGAGAGCGGUUGCUUCGGCUGGAUUUAACCAACCUGCGAUAGAGGGACGAACUUGUUUGGAACCUCCUUGUUUAGUACCGAAUUAUCGAUCCGUCACUUCCAGUAAAAUUUCGCAGGCAAUGAGUUCUCCAUAUCACUUCAUACUCAAUAGAACAAAACAAAAAGAUGGAGACAGAACAAAAAGUUUAAGCAUGACACCUGUUCGAGUAACGUCUAUCGAAGGUUCGAAUGGAUUAAAAUUCGAAGAUCUCAGAUCUGAUAUUAUGAUGUUGAGCGAUUCAAAUGAGUCGCAAUAUCAUCAAGCUAAGGGAGAGGAAGCACAACCACAUCACUCUAACAGACACCAAAAUCCUAUCUCCUCGGCACAAGCGGAACUAUUCUUUGAUGAAAAAUUGAUUGUCGCAUCAAGUGCAAAAGCUCAUUCGUACACAGAACCAGAGCGGCAGCACUCGAAUUCAUUUGAUAUGCAACAAGACAUCGGCAUUAAAAAUUACGAUGACGAUGCUAAAUUUGUCGUUCAAAACGAAAUCACUGAAGAAAACGGCUAUUUUAUGCGAAAAUAUGAUGUUGAUGAGUCGGUCAAAUUGAAUGCAUCUGAAAUAAAGCGCUCAUCGGGAGAUAUGUUAAUUCAUCGAAAACGAACAUACAUUGAAGCUGCUAGUGAUAGUGGGGUUCAGGAAGAACAUAAAGUUAUUAAAAAACCCAGAAAAAUUGACGAAAUCGCAGCUCAUCUUAUAGAGGGAGAAAUGGAAGUAAAUCAAGAGGAAACAGUUGACAAAGAAUUUGCUUCAGGAAGUCUUUUAUUGACUCCACCACGUCCUAUGAAGUUAGAAACCACCAUCGCGACUAAUUCUAAUUUUCUGACGCAACAGUUCCAAACUGCUGACCAUACGAAUGAGAAUGGGUUUUAUCCUAAUACCGUCGAAGCGGAUUCUGUAUUGAAUAAAUUAGAACUUGCACCAUCCUUCUGCUGUGCGCAGUCGAAAAUGAUUCGAAGCAAAUCAUACACAAAGAUGUCGCCACAGCAGCAAUCAAAUUUUGUAGGAAAUCUGAAUUCACGACCGCAAACAAAUACCUCUGCAGCGACACAAUUUUCAGACAACCAGCAAGCUACAGCUAUGGCAGGUGCAAAAUUUGCAUCAGUAUUUCAACGUCUGUUGGAGAAAUCGGACAUGCCAGAUACCUUACAGUCAACCCAGCCGGUAAAUGAAUCUGUUAAUGAUGGAUCAGCUUCACAGAAUUUGCCUAGUUUCGAUUCUUUACUGUCAGAUGCCGCCUUUAUGACAGUAAUUUCUCAACUGGAGGCUGCUGCAUAUAUGCAGUAUCAGUUAAAAAUUCAACAGAUAUAUGCUUCUGCACAGUCGUCAGAAUAUCUCUCGAAUUACGUUAAUUAUAUUAGAACCCUUAUGGGUGUUCCGGUGUCGCAAAAUCAGUCACAGUCAUCAAAUUUAUUUGCUCCAGCAAAUGAACAGCGUCAUCAAAAUCCCCACGAAUCACAACCACGGACGCAUUCUCAGUUUACGUUCCCAAAUUACUCCAACCUAGCAACCUUGUCAACUAAUCCUUUUCUUGGUCCUAAUUUAAAUUUGAGUAUUGGUCAGUGGUUCGAUUAUAUGCGACUGCUUGCUGUACACUUCAGUCCAGCAGGGCUCUAUAUGUCACCUGUCACCACUCCGCUGUGGAAUCCGCUAUCCAUGAUUACACUGCAAAAUGCAUACCCAAUGGCGCCCAUAUUUUCAAAUUUACAGAAAGUGAUCUCUGAUUUAAUGACACAACGCGACAAUGACAGUAUUUUUGAGAACAAUGAGGCACAACAUCCAAAUUAUUUGGGGGAAUUAUUAACGAUGAUCAACAACAUGUCUUUCGAUAGCAACGAUGAUUUUACCGUCGUUGUGCUCUGGAAGUCUGAGCUGACGUUUGCGAAGUAA